AUGUCCGCGCCGUCGAUACCAAAUUUGAAUUCCCUCCGAAGAGGAGCCCUGCGCGGACGAGGAAAGAGUCACGCAGCCGAUUCUUUCGAUGUUGGUCGACCAGAGUCACGCCGCAAACAAGUCAAUCAUGACGCGGUCGUCCAGAGUACCGACGACGAUGCUGCAGUCUCUCGACAAAGUGCUGUCGACGCCGGUUAUCUCGAAGAUCCCUUCGCAGCUCUCUUACAUACCAGCAGCCCCGUUUCGAGACGGUUACCGCUGAUGAAUCGAGGUACAUAUGUCAGGACCACCGGCAUCGAUCGCGUUGUCGACAAGUUCCUGUCGUCUGCUCAAGAGGGCCGCAAACAGAUCAUCUCUCUGGGUGCAGGCAGCGACACAAGGUUCUUUCGCUUGAAGCAAAAGCAGCGGAAACUCGACCUUGUUUACCAUGAGCUUGACUUUGAGGCCAACACCAGGAGGAAGAUCGCUCAAAUGCGCAGCCCUGCUUUUGCGGCUGCUGCGAAGGCGCAAGCAGGAGUCGAUCUGCGUGCAGAUUCUCUUGCAUCGUCUCAGGACGCGGCCGUCUUGGUCACCUCUGACUAUCUCGUUCACCCUCAAGAUCUACGACUACUACCCAAAAAGGAUGGACCCCUUCCGGGCAUCGACACAACGCUUCCCACAUUAAUCAUUUCGGAAUGCUGUCUUGUGUAUCUCCCCCCGGACGACGCCGACGCCGUGUUACGAUACUUCUCGAACCUGUUCCCGGACACAGUGCCUCUCGCCAUUGUCAUCUACGAACCAAUACGUCCACAUGAUUCAUUUGGCAGGACGAUGAUAAGCAAUCUGGCAAGUCGAGGGUUGCAGUUACCGACACUGGAGAAGUAUCAUGACCUCAAGGAACAGAUAGGGAGACUGCGCACAUAUGGGUUUGGUGGCGGUUCACCUCUGUCCUGUGACGGUGCGGGAGCGGCCGACAUUGACUUCAUCUGGCAGAAAUGGAUAUCUGCAGUGGAGAAGGAACGCGUUGAAGGUCUAGAAUGGAUGGAUGAGGUCGAGGAGUUUGUCCUCCUUGCGAAACACUAUUGCAUCUCUUGGGGGUGGAGAGGGUUUGCGGCGCAAUCGCCUUGGAAAGACUUGCCUGCCCCUGCCGGGUGA